AUGAAGCUCGCUCUCACUCUCUCGGCUGUGCUGGGCGUCCUCUCCACGCGUGUAGAAUGUUUCGUGUCUAGCGGAGGCUCUGCCCUCGCGUGCGGUGCCCGCUCAAACAAGCUAGCAACGAACAGCGCCUUCGUCCAGCCCAUACCGAGCCGACGCGUGGCAACCGUGGAGCGGAGGAGGAGGAGCGGCGAUCUGGGCAUGUCCACGGUAGUCGUCCCCUCGGACUUCAAGCUCCCGAUAGGCAUCGCCGGGCUCGGGCUAGCCAUCACGGGGCUCGGCAACGUCGGGGCUGGAUUCCCCGUCAGCAUCGUGGGGCUGUUGCUUGCCCUUCAGGCGACGAGGGUCAAGUUCGAGUUUGAUGAUGUGGCGAUGGAGGUGAAGAUAGGCGAGAAGCCGGACGAGCUGGAGAGCUCGGGCGAGAACGCCUUUGUCGGUGGAAAGUCGCGUUGGAACUACGACACGUGGACGAACUGGGAGGUCUACCCGAGCGAGAAGCUGCCCAUUCUCAUGUACUUCAAGGAGACGCAGACCAAGCCGGAGGGACAAAUUGUGAGGGAUUCAUCGAAUGUUUGA